CAGACUUUACACCUGUCUCCAAGGAAAACACAUUUUUAUGUGCACUGUUACCUGCCCAAGGAAGCAUAAAAGCUGAAGAAGGCAUUGACCGUGAACCGGUUGAUGUAACCUACACCCCUGAGAGUGUUACUGGCCCUUUAGACUCCACCCUCCUCUCAGGUGCAGAUAGUCCACUCAGCCAAGUGGGCGUGGGCAUAGGGCAGGAAAGGGGAGCGGCUACAUCAAGACUCGGUCAGUCAGCUGAUGUGAAGUUAGACGGGGAAACUGAUCUACCUGAAUAUCUUAGACAAGCAGACCUGUCUCAGGUAGCAGAGCCGAAACUAAACUCGCUCAGAGAUGAGUCUCCCAGCGGAGUUUGUCCGCUAGAAGAAACAUGCCCGCUUCUGAUGGAGGACAGCGUUGUCGUUCCUGAUGGUCCAGACAAUGCCGAAAUGGCUCUGGAGUUGUGUGUGAGCUCGGAUAUGAUCCAGGAUGGGAGUUCAGGUGCCGGCGCGCUUCCAGCAGCCAAUCCUCAGGAUGACGAACACUCGGCACUGCGGGCGGUUUUCCAAGCUCUUGACCAGGACGGAGACGGAUUCGUCCGCAUCGAGGAGUUUAUGGAGUUCGCCACGGCGUACGGAGUGGAACAGGUGAAGGACUUGACACGCUUCCUCGACCCGAGCGGCCUGGGAGUCAUCAGCUUCGAGGAUUUCCACAGAGGCAUCACGGCCAUCAGCAACGGAGGGUCUGACCCAGAUCUAUACAAGCUACAGCUCACUACAGCGGAUGCCAACGGAGCAGGCGAGGAAUAUGAUGAGCAGGCGGAGGUGUCGGACAGCGCGUACCUGGGCUCGGAGAGCGCGUACAGCGAGUGCGAGACGUUUACAGACGAGGACACGGGAGCCCUCGUUCACCCGGAGCUGCACGAGGACGUCGAGACGGACAGCGGCAUCGGAAACACUCUCGCCGAGAGCGAGGAGCGCAACAGGUUCUCCCUCGGUUCGGACUUGCACGGCCACGCCCUGGUGGCGGUGAUCGGCGGGGAGGAGGAGCACUUCGAGGACUUCGGGGAGAGCAACUCCGCCUCCGAUCUUUUGCUGGCCAAUCAGGAGGAGGGGAGGGCAGCCCCCGAAGGAGAGGGAGACCCAGAGCCACACCCACAUGCUGGCAGCCCAGCGCACCGGCCACCGAUGCUGCUGACGCCCAGCUCCAGCAAGAGACUGUCCAGUAAAAAGGCAGCAAGGCACUUGUUACAGUCGAGCGGUCUAGAUCGUAUGAGCGACCUGAGCCGCGACAUCCUGGACCUCGCCGACAGCGACAUCGCUGACAAGGUGCUGCUUUUGGAACGGCGCGUGUCCGAGCUGGAGAAGGACUCGGCGGCGAGCGAGGAGCAGCACGCCCGUCUGCGGCAGGAGAACCUGACACUGGUGCACCGUGCCAAUGCCUUGGAGGAGCAGCUCAAGGAGCAAGAGGUCCGUGCCGACGAGUCCCUGAACACGCUCGGCCGCAAACACCGGGACGCUCUGAGCAAACUGCAGCGCGAGAGAGAGCUGGAGAUCGAGAACCUGCAGGCCAGGCUGCAUCAGUUGGAUGAAGAGAACAGUGAGUUAAGGUCAUGCGUGCCCUGUCUGAGAGCUAACAUCGAAAGAUUGGAGGAGGAGAAGAGAAAGCUCCAGGACGAGGUGGACGAUAUGACCGACAGGCUGAACGAAGAAACGGAGUCCCGCAGGAAGACGGCUGACAAGCUGAGCCAUGAACGCCACACCAGCCAGAAAGAAAAAGAGACCACGCAGGAGCUGAUUGAGGACUUGAGGAAGCAGUUGGAAAUGCUGCAGCUGUUUAAACUGGAGACGGAGGCCCGGCGAGGCCGCUCGCCUGCCGCCGGACUGCAGGAGUACAACACGCACAUGAGAGAGAACGAGCUGGAGCAGGAAAUCCGACGACUCAAGCAGGAUAACCGCAGUUUGAAGGAGCAGAACGACGAGUUGAACGGACAGAUCAUCAAUCUCAGCAUUCAGGGAGCCAAAAGCCUGUUCACCGAGUCUCUGUCCGAGUCGCUGGCAGCAGAGAUCAACAACGUCUCCCGCGCAGAGCUAAUGGAGGCCAUCCAGAAGCAGGAGGAGAUUAACUUCCGCCUGCAGGACUACAUCGACCGCAUCAUCGUGGCCAUCAUGGAGUCCAACCCUUCUAUACUGGAGGUCAAAUAAUAAUCACCACGGCGACAGACCCCUGAAUACACAACGGCACUGGAGCUGAGCGACAAACACGUUAAAAGAGGAUAUAGAUUUCUUAUCGCGUCAUUUCAGGAAAGUGUGUGUGUGUGUGUGUGUGUUUAUGUAUAGUGAAUAUUGGUUCCUGUGACUUCCCUGUGGUUUGGGAUUGAGGGACCCAGUCCCGUGUGUGUGUGUGUGUGUGUGUUUUUUUGUUUUUUUUGCUUGACUUCAAGUUUAGCUCCAUGAUCAAAACCAUGUGAGGGACACUAUGUGUCCUGAGAGGUAGUGUGUGUGUGUGUGUGUGUGUGUGUGUGUGUGUGUGUGUGUGUGUGUGUGUGUGUGUUCAUCAUAACUUAUGAGUGUGAUGAUCUUUGAUAUUGUUAAGGUGAUAAUGAGGGGGGUGUGUGUGUGUGUGUGUGCGCGUGUGUAUGAUUUAGUUCAGUUUUUAUUUUCCUCGUAUCUAUUUAUUACGCUGAAGCAGAAGGCUGCAGGCUGAAACAGAAAACUCCGGAAGCUGAAGAAAGUGCCGCAGAGCGAUCGUAAAGGGGCGUGGCUCCGAGCCCACGUGGGCUUUCCUGCUGAGUGAACAGAGACGUCCUGCGAGGGACGACGUCCUGUACGACGAAAAACUGUUCGUUUGUUUUGAAUGACUGUAAUUAUAUAUAUAUAUAAAUAUAAGUAAAUGUAAAUAUAUUAAAAAAAAAGAUAUAUUUCCUCAUGUGGGAGCUGAAGAAAACGGUUUACACUCGAAGACUUUGACGGAUCCCUCGGCCGGAAUGACGAGAGUUUAUUUUCUGAUUAAAUUAUUUUGAACUGAUGGACCGCAAGGGAGAGAGAGAGAGAGAGAGAGAGAGGAGAUGGACGUGAAAGACUUGAGAGACCCUGCUGAGACAUGAGCACACACCCACACACACACACACACACCUCUCUCCGUCUUCGAACCCGAAAUAAUCCUCUGCAGACUGAUUUCUCGUCUUGUUUCACUUAUUAUUAAGAGGUAUUUUAUAGAUGGAAGGAAAGAGUGUAAUCUUGUCUUCCACCGUCACAUGCAUUGUGUGUGUGUGUGUGUGUGUGUGUGUGUGUGUGAAGAUUUCAGUAGCUCGACUGUGGGAGCUGAUGUACAGUAUUACGCUGAAUGUAAUACCGUAUUUUCCGGACUAUAAGACGCCCUCUAGUGGGUGCUGCAAUUACUACAGCAAAAGGAAAAAAAAGUGCUAAAAUUUGUGCACCCUAGUAAUAAACCUGUUUAUUAGGGGGUAUACGGUAGACGUGCUACUCCAGGACUUUAUUAUAUGACAGGAAAAAUAUACUAAUAAAGCAUAAAAAAGAC